UUAAAAAAAUGGAAAAAGAAGGAACUUCCAGACACUGCGAGGAGACGAUAGACGUCAGAGAACGGAAAAGAAUAAACUGUGUCCGGCACGUUCACUUACCCAGUCAGUCACCGAAUUUCCCGCUUUUCCGUUUGUUUCUCGAGAAAAUCCCCGAAUCGAAACUCGCAAAACCUCGACUCGUCACUCCUUCAACCUGCUUGAAUUAACCAAUCUGCAGAAUGUUCUUUCACAAAUUAAUAAAACGGAGACUAUUGUCUCUGUUGCAUCCAUGGCUCUGCGAAGAGCCCGACCUGGAUCUUCAUUUAGGGCUCAUCAAUUCUCUCGCGAUAGCAAAGAAUCUUCGUCUCAGCGCGUCCGCUCUCAAUCAGCUCAUGAAGGAUUCUUCCCAGUUCUCCUUCAAAGAAUUCACUAUCGAACAGUUCGUUGUUCGCUUCUCCAACUGGUCAGCUCCAGCGUUCACCUUCGAAGCUCACGGUGUCAGCGUCACUCUGUUAGCUGAUGAAAGAGACGCAGAAGGUUCCCGAAAGUUGCAGAAAUCCGUUGAGGAGGCGGAAUUAAAGAGGAUGAGGAAGGAGGAUAUAUCCAUGAAGGAUCCUGAGGGCAGUUCUUUACAUGAUGUUCUGGAAAGGAUCCUGGCCAACAGCCUGCCAAGAAACCGGGUUAAAUCUUCUUUUCUGAAUCUUAUUUUUCAACAUUGCAGUCUACAGAUGUUUAACAUUAAUGUUGAACUGCAAUCCCCUCUUUUAAAUGACUAUGCAUACCUGUUGGAAGUGAAGGCGCUUAAUGCAGAAUCUCAGCAUUUUGACCAUGGGAGUCUUUGCACAGGGCUUGUUAGUGUGCCUUUUCGACCUCUGAAAGAAAUCUCUUUUGCUAUCAAUGGUAGUGGUUUUGACUUGGUGUAUAAGAGGAGCAAUCAAAUUAACCAUUUCUGUUGUUUGAAUGAUCUCAUUAUGUACGUUACGCUACAUGAUCUUGAAGUUGCAGAAUUCAAUAUCCAAGUUCCAAAAUUAAAAUUCAUUUUAUCUCCAGUUGAUUUUCCUGUUCUCUUUGUAUUUGGUACAUUCCUGUCAAACAAAACUAUAAGGGUCAGAAAUGGUUGGCGACUAUGGAGAAUUGCUGCCAGUAGAAUUGGCAAACUGAUUCAGUCUCCCAGAUUAUCAUUUUACAAGUUAGUAAGUAAAGUCUGUCUGUGGUUACGUUAUGUUAAUGCAUAUGGGUCUUUGCUUGUGUUACUUGGAUACCCUGCUAAUCACUUAUUGAAAAGGUCCACUGUUAAGAUGUCCAAGGACCAAGUGUUUUUGAAUUCAGUUAAGCAAAGGUGGAAUCUAAUUUCUGAUAUAGAAAAAGAGUUGCCUGCUGAUCUUGUUGCACGGGCAAGACAAAUAGCCCGAUAUAAAGCUGCAUCAAGUGUUCAGCAGGCUGAAGAUAGUUGUGGACAGCUCCUUAUUGAUGGUCGCUUUAAAAGUUUCUGCAAUGUCCUUUCAUUGCUGGUGUUUAUUUGGAAAGUCUUGCUGAGAGUUAUAUUGUCAACUGCUUCCUUUUUGAGAAAGAUUUCACCUCAGGAUUCACAUUUGGAUGAAAAUUUAGGAAUUAUGUCUGAAUAUUCUUCUCCAUCCUUUCACUUCACUUUAACCCUUGGAAAGAUGUUUAUCUAUGUUUACCCACCAAUUCAGCCUGUUAAUGAACAAGUAGAGUCCCAUAUUGGGCCUUGUUAUUCAGAAGUCCUUUCAUUUCGCCUCUCUGUUAAGAUGUUAUUAUUCAUAUACACAGAAGACAUUAUGGAACAAUCUUUGUGCAUUUCCUGUGGGAAAUUGAAGGUAAAGUCUAGUUUGGUUGGGGGAGAAAAUAUGGAAGGUGAUGAAUCAAAAACCAUUCUGCAUGCUGAGCCUGCAAAACGGUUUCCCUUUUUGCAAACUCGUAAAGCCAGUGCUGUUGGUAAUGAUGAAGCUGCUUGUGACUCACAUCUACAAAAUUUUCUAGGAGAAAUGUGUUUGAAUUGGACAAGAACUCGUAAGAAAUUUGAAGAAUGUGAGAUUGAGCUCCCUGAAAAUCCAUUCCUUCUUUGUGAGAUGAAAAGCUUUUUAACAUAUCCAGACCCGAAGAAGCCGGAUUCUGGACUUUGGAGUUGCAAUUUAACAGUUGGAAAGUUAAAUAUAGCUUUGGACUAUUUGUCAGUAUCAUCAAUGGUUGUGCAUUUCAGACAGAUGCAACAUGCCCUAUCCUGGAUUCUGGAAAAUGCAAGGGCUAGGGCUCUUUCACAUUCACUGCAGGUUAUUGAUGAUCCUCAAGAAAUCCGUUGGGAUAUGAUUUGCAAAAGCUAUGCUAGAAGAAUAAAGAUGGCCUUUCUUAGAGUGCUUCCAGAGAAAGACAUUCAACUUGGAGGUUUCAUAGCAGGUCCUCACAUCCAAGUACUAUUGAGGAAGAUUGGGAUUAGUGAUGGAAAUAAAGACACAAUAAUACAUAUGGUUAGUCAGGAGGAUUUCCGCUUACGAUUUAAUUUUCAAAACAUUGAAGUUGUUGCUUGGCCAGUUCUAAGAUCUGAUUUGGGAGUAUUAAAUGGCUGCUUAGGAUCAGGUGAGACAGAGUGCCUUAGGCUGCCAGAGCCUCUGAAAAUUGAUACUCCGAAACCAGAUAAUGAAAAGUAUUCAUCCCAUGGAUCGAUGUCCCUUUAUUUUUACUUGAGAAUGAGUGGUUUAAAUGGUUACUUUGAGAAUGUAGCAGAAAACCAGCACAAUCAAAUUUUUGCCUUGAAGCCAAUAACUUUCAGGUUAUCAUCCUUAAGGAAGUUUGCUCACUCAUUUAGCAGUACUUUUAUUGCUUUCUCAGAAGUUUUUUGUGGGAUGGCUAUGGGAUUGACUGCAGUAUUAUUCAUGGAUGAGUUGUCUGCUCUCUCUGAGGUUCUUGCUGGUUUACUUUCUGCAAUAUCUUAUGCUUUUCAUGGCUUUGGUUCUGCUGGUGAUGUACCCUUCCCAAUGUCAAGGAAGCCAGAUAUGGUCUGGGGGAAACCUGAGAAUGAAGAGUCUACUGCAGAAGUGGUGCCCUUGUUUUGUGAAGGCACUGUGUUUUUAAUUAAUGGCAUCUUUAAGCUAAGGUCAGUGGAUUUUAUGCUUCAUAAUUCUAGGAUAAACAAUAAGGGAGGAAGUGUAACCACUGAUGCUGCCAGAGGCAAAGAUUCAGCUUUACAGCACAUGUCUGAUUGUGGCAUUUGGAUUUCUGUUCAUCUAAUAUGUUUUGAGACAUCUUAUGAUGAAAGGAAAUUGGAACUUCUCAUUGAGUUAUCUGAGGUUCAGUUUGCAAUAAUCAGAUAUCAAGAAUGUGUAGAAAAAAGUUUUGAUCUCUCUGUUCUUAAGAACUUGUUGCUACGUUCACAUAUUUGCUUAUAUGAAGUAUCUCUUUCUCAUUGCAAAUUUACUCUGUGGUUGAGUCCUGUUCUGUAUGUCUCAUCUUCAAGUAGUGCAAAUGGGACACUUCAUUGUUGUAAUCUUGACGGUAAUACAUCAUGCAUGGUGGAGAAUUCCCCUUUUACGGGAGAGGCUCAGUCAAGUUUUCAGUCUCAUGGCUUUGGUCAGAAGUUGGGCUUCACUUCAAAUAUCCAGGCACCAAUGCCCGGUCAUUGGAUGCUCAUAAACAUAGAAGUAGCUGAUUUUUUCGUGACUAAGUGUUCAGUAAAGAAUGCUCUGAUCAGUGCAGAAAAGUUUAAUGGGCUUCAGUCAUCACUUUCUUUUGGUGGAAAGUUCCAGGAGAUCUUUUGGAGGAUCCAGGGAGGUUUUCUUUGCCUUGAAACAACAGCCCUGUCAAUGCUUGUGCAGUGUUUUGCCUCAUAUCAUCAUUGCCUAGCCAGUAGCUUGUCUAUUUUGCUCCCAACUAGUAAGGGUGAGGGAAAGGCUGAAUAUCAUAAUGAUCAUGUUACUGGAGAGCAUGCUCAACAUACUCCUGUUACAUCUCAACCAACCAAAUGGGGAGUGCUGGAGGCUUUUAGCAUAGAUGUGUCUCAGUUUUCUCUUGAUCUUGUAAUUGAAGAUGAAUCUGGUGGUAUUCAGGAAUUUAUCCUGGAGGUUGAUCUUGUAGUGAACCUUGAGUUGGCAAAUAUGGGAAGGAAGUUUUUUUUUGAGCUUUCACGGUUAUCUAUCUUUUCUCAUGUACUUCAAGCAAGUACAGAAGAUGAAAUCCAAAUUCUUCAUUUCUCUUCCACCACUUCAAGCAAGUUCUUAUCUGGUUUAGCAUCUGGAGAGUCCUCUGCAGCAUUUCAGCAUAGAAAUAGGAGUUCUCCAAUUGAUGAAAGUCACACAAGAGGUCCUGAUUCCCCAGAUGAAGUUACAGCAAACUUCCAAAUCAGUUACCAGGACCAUAUCUUGAAACAUUUAGUUGCUUCUGUCUCAGCUGAAAAGCCCAAUAGUCCCCUGCAACCGAAUGAUGUUUGGGUUGGCAGUGGUAGUGUUUCAGGCUUUGAUAUGGUAAUUUCACUUUCUGAACUACAGAUGUUUUUGUCCAUGGUUUCAGCCUUUUCUGCAACAUUUGGGAAAGACCCAACUAGUGACCCUGGGCAAAGGCAGGGGGCCAUUAACCAAGAAGUUCACAACAGUUUUGAGUCUAUUGUUCCUAAUGGAGCAAUUGUUGCUAUCCAAGAUGUCCACCAGCACUUGUACUUCACAGUUGAGGGUGGAGAAAAUAAGUACACUCUAGCUGGUGCACUUCAUUAUUCCCUUGUGGGAGAAAGAGCUCUCUUCAGGGUCAAGUACCACGUUCAGAGGAAAUGGAACUCAUCAAUUUUGUGGUUCUCCUUAAUAUCAUUGCAUGCAAAGAAUAAUUCAGGGGAACCAUUGCGAAUAAAUUGUCAUCCAGGAUCUGGGUUUGUUGCAAUCUCCAGCACUGCUGAUAAUGCACAGGCACUUUGGAGAACUCUUUCUUGUGAGCCAGAGAGUUACAAGGGCGACAUUGACUGGGAGCCUUACAAUCAAUUACUUAAAAAUACCUUUUACCUUGUGAAUAAGAAGAAUGACUCUGGUGUUGCAUUUAUAGAUGAUAUUCCAGAGUUUGUUAGGAAGCCAGGAAAGCCAUUCAAGUUAAAAGUCUUAAGCAACCUCUCUGUUCUUCAUGAUGUUGUGGCAAACCAUAGGUCUAGUAAUUUGUCUGGUAUUGACAUGCCUAAUAGGGCAGAUGAAGAUAGAGGGAUAACUUAUGGGCAACGCAGAAAUCUUUCUUCCAUUGCUAUCACAAUUGAAUAUGUUGCUCUGACCAUUGUGCAUGAACUUUCAGAUGCAAAGGACAGGUUUCCUCUCUUUCAAGCUUGUGUAACUGAUUUCCAACUCAAUUUACAAAUUCUAUCCUCUAAAACCAGGGUUAUAAGCACAUCAAAAGCUUUGCUAAAUUACUUUGAUACCCAGAUAAGUUUAUGGAGAGAACUUCUUUAUCCAGUUGAGAUGUGUAUCUUUUAUCGUUCUAGUUGCCAGAAACAGAGUCCAGAAGCAAUUUUGCAUGGAGUUCCUGUUAAUAUGUACUGCAGGACUAAGGAGUUGAAGAUAUCUCUAACUGAGCUUUCUUUGGACAUGCUUCUUUUCACAAUUGGAAAAUUAAAUUUGGCUGGCCCAUUUUCAGUGAAAAGCUCCAUGAUUUUUGCUGACUGUUGCAAGGUUGAAAACCAAACGGGUAUGAACCUUAAUUGUAAAUUCUAUGGUGAGCAAAAUGUAACACUAGGUGGAAAGCAGUCUGUCUCCAUAUUUUUAAGGCACCCAGCUUUAGGAAAUCAACAGCAGGAAAUUAUGUCAGUUGUUUCAAUCCAGCUGUCUAUUCCUGACUCUUUUGCAACUUCUCCUGUCCAAUUUUCUAUUCGAGAGGCUUGUACAUUUGCAUGGAGAACACGUAUAGUUUCACUUCAAGAUUCAAGAACUUACCCUGGGCCAUUUAUUGUGGUUGACAUUUCAAGAAAAUCAGAGGAUGGCUUGUCAAUUGUGGUUUCUCCCUUUGUAAGAAUACAUAAUGAAACGCAACUCCCUAUUGAGCUACGAUUUAGAAGACCUCAAGAAAAGGAAAAUGAGUUUGCAUCUGUGACACUUAAGACUGGGGAUACAAUUGAUGAUUCUGUGGCAUCAUUUGACGCUAUAAAUUUAUUUGGUGGAUUAAAGAAAGCAUUAAUAUCGUUGACUGUCGGCAACUUCUUGUUUUCUUUUAGACCUGAAAUACCAAGCUUAAUGAAUUCCAGUGGUCCUCUUUUCGUGGAAUGGUCGGAUGAACUUAAAGGUGGAAAAGCAGUCCGUCUGUCUGGAAUUUUUGAUAAGUUGGGCUAUGAAGUCCGAAAGGCUUUACAUGUUGGAUCACUGAAAUGCUCCUUUAGCACCAGUCAUUGUACCCUUAGAUCUUCAGAUGCACAUGUUUUUGACAUGCACUUUCUGAUUCAAAGCAUUGGAAGAGAAGUGCCAAUUACUCAACCUGAUGAAAAUAGAAAUGCACCAAUUGCCUUGCAAGAGCAGAAGGAAAUUUUUCUACUCCCUACAGUGCGGGUGUCCAAUUUGCUGAACUUGGAAAUACAUGUGCUUUUAUCUGAAACAACAGAUUUACAUAGUCCUACUGGCUGUAACAAUAUUGGGAAGGAGGCAACCAUACCUUGUGGAUCAACUGUUGAUUUUUAUGCUAAUCCCGCUGUAAUAUACUUUUCUGUCACUUUAACUGCUUUCAGUUCCAGCUGUAAACCAGUGAACAGCAGUGAAUUGAUCAGGAAGUUACUUAAGCAUAAGCAUGAUGUUCAUUGCUUGGAUAUUGAUCUGGAUUUUGGAGGUGGAAAAUAUGUUGCAUCCUUAAGAUUGUCCCGUGGAUACAGAGGCAUAUUGGAGGCCACUAUUUAUGCAUCAUAUGCACUGAAGAACGAUUCAGAUUUUUCUCUGUUCUUCUUUGCUGCAAAUCAGAAGCUUCCAUCUAGGAAUGAAAUAGGGAAAUUGGGCACCCACAUUCCUCCAGAAUUAGGUUUAUUUUUGCCCCCGAAGUCAACUGGAUCAUGGUUUUUAAAAUCCUACAAGGUGCGGCUUAAAGUUGUAGAGGGUCAUGCAUCUGAGGCAUUAUUUGAUCUAGCUGCUUUAUCUGGCUCCACAGAGAUAAGUUUGGAAAUUGAGGAAGGAUCUGGAGUCAAAUACAUUAUAAAGUUUGGGGUGUCUGUAGGGCCAUCCUCAAGUAACAUUGAUGUGCCAUCACAAAUAAUUACCAUGGUUCCAAGGCAUGUUAUCCUGAACGAGUCAGAGGAAAAUAUCACUGUUCGUCAAUGUAAUUUGGAGGAUGACAUGGCCGGCAUAACUUACAUCAACAGUAAACAGAGAAGAACACUAAAGUUGCAGAAAGAAAUUAGCAAGAGGAGUGAAUAUGGUCCAUUUGAGAAUUUUAUCAGAAGGCACAGAAAUGAUUGUGAUGACUCACGAAUAUUUAUCCAAUUUCAAUUGAAUGAAUCCCAAUUUGGCUGGUCAGGACCAUUGUGCAUCAAUUCUCUUGGACGCUUUUUUCUAAAAUUUCGAAAACAAUCAAAUCAAGUGGCAUCAAGAACCAGUAAGGAAACUGAACUUGCAGCUGUUGAUGUGGUAGAAGAUGGCUCUACAAUUGUUGUGCAGUUCCACAAACCACCAGAUGGCAGUUUACCUUAUAGGAUUGAAAAUUACCUACAUGGCUUAUCUCUGUCUUACUCUCAAAAGGAUUCGUCAGUGGAUGAAGUUCUUGGAUCUGGAUGUAGUGUUGACUAUGUUUGGGAUGAUUUGACUCUUCCACAUAAACUUCUUGUUAUAAUCAAUGGUAUGAAUUUGUUACGUGAAAUCAACUUGGACAAGGUGCGAACUUGGAAACCCUUUUAUAAACUUAUGCAACAUAAAGGGUUGGCAUCUCAUUUACAUUUGGACAAAAAUACCAAAGACCAGAAAAGACACUUUGGUGAAUUGAAGGUGGGUUAUGAGGUAUAUGCGGAAGGAUCUACACGGGUUUUACGGAUUUGUGGGCUUUCAGAAAGUCAUAAGAGAGAAAAAGCUGUCCACUCAUCCUCAAAGUUACAACUAAGAGUGUCCCAGUUUGCUGUCCACAUGCUUGAACAAGGCAAACAGGAUUUAAAUCACAGCAUGGGAUCAUUGUACAUGCCAGUUGUAGUUGCAAGGCUUCAGAAUAUCACUUUUGAUACCGUGUUUACUGGUCAGAAGAAGUAUAACAGGAUAGAUAUACAGUCAUUGAAUGUAGAUGUGAAGUGGGCAGGAUCUCCAUUUGCAGCAAUGCUCCGUAGACAUCAGUUAGACUCCAGUGAUGCAAAUGAUUGUGACCUCAAAAUUUUUGUCGUCCUGCUCUCACCAGUUUCUGAUGUUAAACAAGUUAAAUAUUCAACUGUUAUUCUGCAGCCUCUUGAUCUGAAUGUUGAUGAGGAUACUUUGAUGAAAAUUGUCACAUUUUGGAGAGCAUCUCUUAACUCAAAUACUCAGAGUACACAGUUUUACUUUGAUCAUUUUGAGAUCCACCCAAUUAAGAUUAUUGCUAAUUUUCUUCCUGGGGAGUCCUAUUCAAGUUAUAAUUCAGCCCAGGAGACUCUGAGAUCACUACUGCACAGUGUGGUAAAGGUUCCUUCUAUUAAAAACAUGGUUGUAGAGCUAAAUGGAGUCCUGGUUACUCAUGCUUUGAUAACAAUCCGAGAAUUGUUCAUUCGAUGUGCGCAACAUUAUUCAUGGUAUGCUAUGAGGGCCAUCUAUAUUGCAAAAGGAAGUGCAUUGCUUCCCCCAACUUUUGCAUCUAUUUUUGAUGACCUGGCUUCAUCCUCUCUUGAUGUCUUCUUUGAUCCUUCUCGAGGAUUGAUGAGUAUUCCAGGUCUCACAAUAGGUACUUUAAAAUUCAUUAGUAAAUGUAUUGAUGGUAAUGGGUUCUCAGGGACAAAACGUUACUUUGGUGAUCUCGGAAAAACUCUGAGAACAGCAGGAUCAAAUGUAGUCUUUGCUGUUGUCACUGAAAUAUCAGACUCUGUUCUUAGGGGAGCAGAAGCAAGGGGUUUCAAUGGAAUGGUGUUAAUCUCUAAUUCUGAAUGCUUCUUUUGUAUCAUAUUUCAUAGCUUUUCCCUUAACUUUCUACCUAUAACUCAAUGAUCUAAGAAUUAUUAUAAACUGUUGUAAUUGGUAAGAGUGAACUUUAACUGCUCAUAUUGUUCUAAAGGUGAAUGGUUUCCACCAAGGAAUAUUGAAAUUGGCCAUGGAACCAUCUCUAUUGGGUACUGCUUUGAUGGGGGGAGGUCCAGAUAGAAAAAUCAAGCUUGAUCGAAGUCCUGGCGCUGAUGAGGUUACCUCUAUAAUUAGUAGUUUGAUGAUGAACAUAUACUGCACUAUUUCAUUCUUUUGAAAUACUUCAUUUCAUUGAUGAAGACAGUACUUUUAAUUCGCUUCUGACCCUCCAUUUGGUUUGCAAAAACUGAUUUCUUCAAAACUAAAGAGUGUUUGUCAGUAGAAUAUUAGGGACCAUUUCAAUGGAAUCUGUUUGGAUAAAGACUCUUCCAUUUGCUUUCUGUCAUUUCAUUCCUGCAGUGAGCUAAUCCUUCCUUUGUUGUCACCAUAUUAUAUUAUUCUGAAGCCACUUGCUAUUUGCUUUUCCUUUUUGGCCCUAAACCUCACUGAUAAGGGUUUAUUUUAUUUUAUUUUAUUUUAUUUUUGGGGACUGCAGCUUUAUAUUGAGGGCUACUUGCAAGCUAUGUUGGAUGCAAUCUAUAAACAGGAAUAUCUUAGAGUCAGAGUGAUUGAUGAUCAGGUAACCUUUGAGGGGAGGUAAAAGAGUUAUUUGAUCAGGCUUGUGUGAAAGAAUCUCUGGAAAGUUUGCUCCUCCGCUAUAAAAGCUGAGUUUACUUCUUCCUGAAAAUCAAAACCUAAUCACCUGAUGUCAUAUGCUGGAUACUUUAAUCUUAUUUUAAAUUUUAUGGAAGCAUGCAAAACCCUUCUUACAAAAUUUAUUUACCGAAAAAAGGAGAGAAAGGUCU